GUCUUGUCCGUUUCACAGCUUUCAUUUUGAGUACUCGCCCGUGCUUACACACAGAUUUGCUUCUUCCAAUCCCCGCGCCCCUCUUUCUCGUCCUUCUUCAUACCUUCUUGUCCAUUUCCGUUUGGCCUCAACAACUCCCAAUUCCUGCUUUCCCUCCCUCCAUGGUGCUUCCCACUUGCUAACCCUCUGCUUCAGCUCAGCUGCUUCUUGAAGAUCGGUGUAAGCUCAAACGUGCCAAUCAUGGAGUCCUCUAACUCUAAGAAUCAUCAUGUGGAAAAAUCGCCUCUUCUCAAAGAGGUUGCUGAUUUGGAGACACAGUUUCUGGGGAUGAUCCACUCAUCCAAGGUUUUAUGGCAUUCCGAGGUUCAACUCCAGUAUAAAAAAAUAUGUUCUUGUUAUGAGAAGCUUCUUGUUCUUGGUGAUCACAAGCUGGAAGAGCUUCAAGAUGUUGAGUACUCUCUAUGGAAGCUCCACUACCGCCUUAUUGACGAGUUUCGCAAGAGAUUGAGACGAAUUCCUGAUAAUGGAGAACCUACUGCUGAAUCUGUUGAUGGGUUCAAGUCAUUUCUAUCGGUAGCAAGUUUAUAUUACCAGAAUUUGAUUCUUAACCUUAGGAAAAACUAUGGCCUCCAGGAGAGCUUUACUUUAGGUAGUAGAAAUGGUGGAAUGCAGGACAAGAAGCUUCAGUUCUUGUGGCAUCGGUUUCUAGUUUGUCUAGGGGAUCUUGCUAGAUACAAAGAACAGCAAUGCAAGAAAUCUGGUCAACCGAACUGGUCCGUUCCAGCUAGCCAAUACUUGCAAGCUACAAUGGUUUGGCCUUUCAAUGGCAACCCUCACAAUCAGUUGGCAGUGUUGGCUACAUAUGUUGGAGAUGAGUUCCUAGCUUUGUACCAUUGCAUAAGGAGCUUAGCUGUUAAAGAACCUUUCCCUGAUGCAUGGAAUAACCUUCUCUUACUAUGUGAAGAAAACAGGUCAUCUCCAUUAGCUUCCAUUUCUAGUGAUGCAGAUUUUGAUUUCUUGAAACAAGCAUCUAGUGGCCAAAUGACAUCAGAUUGCAAAGUCAUGAAAGAACAAGAGGAGGAAUCCAGUAAUGGAGCGAAUUUGUGGGUUCUUAUUAUUAGAGUCAUAAGCUUCUUCCUUAUCGAUUCCAGGUACUUAUUGAUUGGAAUAUUCCUACAAAUUGGUGUUUCCUAAUCAAUCUGCAUACAGUCAAAUUUCUAAAUCCAUGUGUACAUAUUUCUGAGGUAGUUUGGAGGAGUUUCCUAGUACUUUUGCAUCUACCAUCAAGGAGCUGGAAACAUUACUCUCGUUAGAUGAUACUAAGCUGAAAGCUACCAUGGAAUCCUAUCACUAUAUGGAUUCAACUAGAAAGGAACCUUUCCGAACACUUCAAGUCGUGUGCAUACUCAUCUUUGUGAUUGAGCAUCUCAAAAACAGAAAGGAAGAAGUUAAGGAGUCAAUGCAAUGGGCAUUGACUUCUGCAUUCAUGAUAAUGGGACGCCUCGUGGACAGAUGCUCGAAGGCCACGCCGUCAUCCUCGUGCACCCUGUCACCAGCUGUACUCAUUUUUAUCGAGUGGUUAGAAACCACCUUUGGGGACGUUGAAAAAUAUGGCUCGGAUGAUAGGACCACUGUGACCAUAGCCAUAUCUUACUUCUUCAGCUCUUUGCACGAGCUACUGAAGAAGCUGGAUGCUGAAAAGAAUGAAGGUGAUGAGUGUGAAUUCAAUCGUCCUCUGUGGGAAGACCAAGAGUUGAGAGGGUUUGCGCCUAUAGCUCCUUCUUGUGCUGCAUUAGAUUUUUUCUCAACUCAUCAUCAAGGCCCGGCAGACAGUUUUGAGAGUGGGAAACGAAUCCGUGCUUGUAGAAUAAUCAAUGCUGCCAAGAAGAUUUCUGAGAGAUCUAAUGGUGACCAGAACUGGUUCACCUAUGACUCUUGUAGGCAGACAAUUGAUGCAGAAGAAGGUAUAGCAUCAGUUGCUAGCACAGACAAUGGCACAGCUGUGACGGAUGAGAAAUCAAGUAACCAUAGGGCAAAUGGGAAAUCUGCGGCUGGCUUUUUAGAUGAGGAAGAAGUCAUUCUUUUCAAGCCUCUCACUAGACAUAACUCUGAACCUAUAUACAAGAGCUCGAGCGACAGUUUCGAAGAUCCCAUGUCGCCUUCAAGGGAAGCUGGGAACCAGGCAGUAGCUGCUGAUGAGUGUUUGAGACGUGCAACUUCCCUACUGAUGGCACAAUAUCAGGCACAAGGUGAUAACAACAACAAUGGGUUGCCUUUCCAUUCAGACCUCACCAAUUUCAGGCGAAACAACAACUUCCAGCAGCCUAUGAAUGACACACUUACCAGCAUGUUUUCAGAGCCUUCCAUCUCCCCUUCGUUUGGCUCCACCAUUGCAGCAGGUCCCCCCUCACUCAAUGCUUGGGUCUCACCUUCCUCGUUCAGCCACGAGAAAGCAAGAGGGAAAACUGUCAAGCAAACUUUAGCACCCAUUGAAGAAGCAGUUGCAGCAUCUUCAUCAUUGCGCGAGCUCUCUCUCAGUGAACCAGAGGAAAAUACUGCCACCAUCUCAGGCCAUUCGCCUUACUCAUCCCCACUUCCUUCAGCACCAUUUCUGCCUGAUGAUGAUGGUGCCACCUGGCUUAGAAAUGGUAACAUUCCAAUGCUGCCACCGCCUCAUUUCUCGGAUCAUCAGCAAACAUCAGCUGGCUUCUCGAAUUGGAAUGGUCCUCCUUAUGAUUACACUUACUAUCCUCCUGGAUUCACAUACCCACCACCACAACAACAGCGUAGAAUGACUUCUGCCGAGUGGCUGAGGCAAUACAGGGAGAACAACCCUAGGGCCAAUGAUCAUAUGUGGCAGCCCCCGAGUUAUGCUAGUCACGUUAGUCCUGACCAGCAAUGGGGGAUUCCACCGCCAUUGGUUUAUGACCACCCGCCAUUGAUGAUGCAGAUGGGGUUCCCUCAAGUUCAUGGUUACUUACCAAGCAGGCAGGGGUUGUACGGGGAGAGUCCUUCGUUGAAUGAACCGGAACCACUGUUACAGUAUCUUAAGGAGAAAGAGUGGCUGAUCCACCAUAAAGAUUCAAACUUUAGAGGACCCUCGUUCAUGGGUAGCUAGAGCUAAAUACUUCACCUGAAUUCGAGUAAAUUUGUGUCAAUGAGGUCUUAGUUGUUAGUUGGUAACUGAAAGAUUAUGUACGUACGUAUUCAUGUAUGUAUCUAUGUAUAUCAUCAGUAUAUGUUAUGGAGGAAGAGCUUCAGAAAACUGAAGAACGUAGAAGUAGAAGAAUGUCUUCUUUCCGUUCAUGUUGGGAUUUGCCUUCUUGAGCCAUGUGAGUCGUGACUGUCAUUUCAUUCCGUUCAUUGAGAUAGUGAUUAGUGAGUAAAUUUAUUUAACUCAAUUAAAAAGUUAAAUUUAUGGUUCAAGAAGAGUUGGGCCUGCCCUGAGGCCUGAAGUGUGAAGCCCAAAAAUUCCCUUCAUCAGUCAUCGCCCAAAAUUUCUGAUCUUUCUGUCCUGUGUUUCCCCAAUCUCUCCUCGUCGUCUUCUUCUUCUUCCCGUUUAAAUCGGAAGAUUGAGAUCGCAGAUCUAGCUGUAUCCCUCUAAUGGAGAACCGGAAAACGGGCGUAUCGCCGGCGGAGGCAGUCUUACUGGGCGCUCUCGCUCCUGGAGUUAACGCGCCUACAUGGAAUACCCUGAAAUCGGCGUUCGUGUUACUGGGUGUUUGUCUCGCUGUGAUGCUCGGCCUAGCUUUCUCUUCGAGCGACUCGGCUUUGGUGCUUCACGUUGGGUUCCUCGUUCUAAUCACGGCUACGCUCUUCUUUCUUCUAAGCUGGUUUCUCUCUCAGACUGGUCUAGUCUCUAUCGAACACCAAAUGCAAGAUUUGGACCUUGUGCCAAAGGAUGGAAAAGACGAGUAAAGCAAAGCACACUAACAGUUUAGCGCCUUAUGGUGACCGGACUGUUCUCAGUCAGAAUGGACGCUUGUACUCAGGAUUACAUUUUGAUUGAAUCGGAAGAGACGGUUACAAUGAUGGAUUACUGCUACAUUGACGCGGAAAGAACAUAGAAGAAAAGAUGAAGCUGACUGGCAAUGCCUCCCUACUCCCUAGGCGAGGCGGAGUUGCAUCGUCGUGCAGUCAAGUCAAGUCACUCUUCCCUUCCCUUGUUCUCCUUAUUGCCGUGCUUUCUUUUCUUGGCCUUGAGGAAGCAGAAACAUGAACAGCAAGGGAAAUUGAACAGGAGCUUCAUCUCUUGUCCCACGUUCUGCUGGCUGGCUGGCUGGCUCUGAAUUGUUUUGAGGGAAAAGCCGUUAAAAUAGAUGGGUCGAUGCCCAACUGGCGCAAUUCUUUGCUUCUGAUGGAGAAUGAUUGAACACGGUUGAAUACUUGAAUUAAUUACAUUUUGUG